AUGAGCCUCACUUCAUCUGUGGCACAAGACAUUGCCACACUAUGUACAAGGUCCAGUGAAGGACAAAGUGACUGUGCACUCACCCCACCAGAAGAAGCUAUGAAUGUAGAAAGAAAGAAAGACGAGGGAAGCACCGGUGUGCAUCCUUAUAGUGAUGAAAUGAUAGGAAAAGGAACUGGUGCCACAAACACUCAUUUUGGCCAGCAAAGAGUCACCGGUGCAGCAGUAGAUGAUGGCCCAUGUAUUGACCACCACACAUGCCCACUUUCACAAAAGAGUGUUGAAUUGCAAUCACUUAAAGGGGUGCAAAUGGGUGUUCAAGAAGGCUGUGGCAGCAAACAACCUUCUCCUACCCCUAGGCAGAGAUUUAAACACACAGCGAAAAUGCUUGUCGAGCCAGCCGCCAUUUGCAAAUCCCCCUUCGUCUCUCAAUGUGUUCAACUAUUUCCUAAAAUCAGCCAACAAGAAAGGUUGGUUGCGGAUUAUGCGUUGUCAGAAGACGGUGAGCCAAGAUCUUGUGCGAUAUGCAUGACACAUAUAUAACACGGGAUGAGCUUUCUUCGCUCAAUGGAGGCCGUUGGGUAAAUAGUGUGGUAUGUGUCAAAGAUUUCGAUU